AUGCUGAAUGAAACUACCUCACCAUCAUCAUCAUCCUCACCCCAAUCCCCAUCAUACUAUAUUCUCUCUUCUGACAAUGGACCAUCUAACCCUCAAUCCCCCACUCUGGCUCAUCUACAAGCUCGUGCUCUAGCCUCUCAACAGCCAUCACACUCUGAACCUGAACCAGAAGUCACUUCCCCACCCCUUGAACAUCAAAAUCCAACUACAUCUGAACAGCCUCAAACACCAUCACCUGCACAACAACCAAAUCCACCUCCUGAACAACCAAUCAACUCUGAACCUCAACCAAUCCACUCACCGGCUGAACCAAAUUCACAACCUAAACAAACAACACUGUCCCCCUCUUCCAUUCCUACACCACCAACCUCUGUUGCCUCCAUCACUCCCACUCUCAAUCUUGGUGACACCAAUCCACCUUCUCCAUCCUCCCCAACCUCUUCCACUGAACCAGAAACAACCUUCCCUACCCUAGAAGAAGCAAUAAAAGUUUUUCUAGAGUCUUCAGUAGAUAAGAUAAAGUCUCUGACUAUCAAUUCUGGUAUCAGUGAUGAUCCCUCUAAAGCUAAAGCGAACGCCGAAACUGAAGAAGCAGCACGUGUUGCUGCAGAGGAAGCUGCCAAGGCCAAAGCUAAUGCUCUGACCCAGGGGGAGCACUCCAACUUUGGGUUUGCCCCUAUGGUCUUGAAGACUCUAGAGGAGCUACAAAAAGAACAACAAGUGGUUCGAGUUAGGCUAGAUCAACAGGACUCGGUCAACAUCAACAUUCAGAACAUGUUGCCUCAGCUGCUACAAAGGAUGCCUCCGCCCCCAAACCCUUAG